GGGUGGGGAGGGGAAGGACUGGGAGGCCCGGAGGGAUGACCCCACCCCGCCCCCAGUGCUAGACCCACCACUGCCAGCUUAUGGGGGGCAGAGGACUCCAGGCUUCUCUGUUUAGGGUGGAGGGUGAAGGCUGGAGAGCAGUUAGCAAGCCCCCCACCCUGCCAGCCACCCCUCCUUCAAAGCUCUACCUUCCCCUCCCACGUGAUGGAGACCCCAGAUCUGAUGCCUGGUGGGCACCCAGGACCCCUGAUCCCUCCACAGCCCCCCAUUCAACCUGUCUCCCUCUCUAUCCCACGCCACCUCCCCCCAUCUUUCCCCCUCCCACCCCUGCAGUCCUGUUGGCCAGGACUUUGGCCGAGGUGUCGAAGUGGGGGUGGAGGGGUGGAUCUCAAGAGCUAUAAAGCCUUUCUCUGCCCAUUUGGAGCUGCUGAGGACAGACGCCAGAGUCUGUGUUCCAGGUCUCCUGACGCCAUGGGCACGAGAUACUUCCUGGUCGGGUUUCUCAUCCUCCUGGUGUUGAGGUUCGGGGCCCAAGGGGCCCAUGUUCCCCAGCAAGACGAGGCCUCCAGCCCUGCCCUGCUCACCCAGGUGCAGGAGUCCCUCUUAGGUUACUGGGAUACAGCCAAGGCAGCCGCCCACAAGCUGUACAAGAAGACAUACCUGCCCAUCGUGGAUGAGAAAAUCAGGGACAUAUAUAGCAAAAGCACGGCCGCUGUGACCACCUAUGCAGGGAUUAUCACUGACCAGGUCUUUUCUAUGCUGUCAGGAGAAGAUUGACAGCUGGGCCCCCAAUCACGGGGGAGUCCAGGCUCCAGCAGCCCGCUGGGUCCCCUGAUCUACACCCCUCCCCACUUCCUUGCAACUCUCAGCAUCCUGUUCCCAAUUCUAGCCUGACUUAUCAAUAAUAAUAAUAAAGCCAAGUUUAUUCUUUUUGA